GUCUCGCACCGUCGCCAGGCUGGAGUGCAGUGGCGCAAUCCGAGCUCACUGCAACCUCAGCCUCCCGGGUUCACACCAUUCUCCUGCCUCAGCCCCCUGAGUAGCUGGGACUACAGGCAUGUGCCACCACGCCCAGCUAAUUUUUGUAUUUUUAGUAGACAUGGGGUUUCCCCAUGUUGGCAAGGAUGGUCUCGAUCUCUUGACCUCGUGAUCGCCCACCUCGGCCUUCCAAAGUACUGGGAUUACAACCAUGAGCCACAGUGCCCGGCCUUUUCUUUUUUCUUUUUGAGACAAGGUCUCUCUGUCAUCCAGGCUGGAGUGCAGUUGCACAAUCAUGGCUCACUGCAGCCGCCAAUUCCUGGGCCCAGGUGAUCCUACUCAGCCUCCAAAGUAGCUGAGGACUACAGGCAUGCACCGCCACACCUGGCUAAUUUUUUGUACUUUUUUGUAGAGACAGGGUUUUGCUAUGUUGCCCAGGCUGGUCUUGAACUGGGCUCAAGUGAUCCGCCCACCUUGGUCUCCCAAAGUGCUGAGAUUACAGGCGUCAGCCACUGUGCCCAGCCGAGAGGGCCUGUUUAAAUGACGUGAGUGAGACCUGAGAUGAACCAGUCAAGUGAUCAGGUAGGGGAAUAUUUCAAGCCUAGAGGACUGUGUGAAGAUGGGGAAGAGGUGAUGUCUAGGGCUGGGGGCAGAUCCUGCAAGGCCUUGUCAGCCAUGGAGAGGAGUUUGGGUUUGAGUCCAAGUGCAAUGGAGAGUCGCAGAAGGGUUUUGAGUAACAGAUGGAUCUCAUCUGACUUGUGAUCUAAUUUCUCUGGCAGGUUUUUCUGGAGGGCUGGCAAGAAAGUUAGGAAAAACACUUAAUGUGUUGUCAUCCACAUGAGGGGUCAGGAAGCUUAGACCACCAGUAGUAGCAGGGAUGCAAAGAACACUCACAGUUUGGUUCAUCACACCCCCAACUCCACCACAAGCGUGAGCUCUAUUAGAACAGGGACCCCCGGCUCCCUUUGAUGUGCAUUGUGUUCUUGGCACCUAGAAUGGGGCCUGCACUUAAUAAGAUGGAUGAAUAGUGGUAUUUAAUGAGAAGAUACUUAAUGAAAAGAAGAGGCAGUUUUGGAGGAAAAAAAUCAAAUAGGAGCUCAGAUAUUUCUUAAAUGCUGCUUUCUAUUUAUCUUUUUGAGGUGGAGUUUCUCUCUGUGGCCCAGGCUCGCAGGCUGGAGAGCGGUGGCGCGAUCUCGGCUAACUGCAGCCUCCACCUCCCGGGUUCAAGCGAUUCCCCUGCCUCAGCCUCAGGAGUAGCUGGGACUACAAGCACCCGUCCCCCACCCCCGGCUAAUUUUGUAUUCUUAGUAGAGACGGGGUUUCUCCAUGUUGGUCAGGCUGGUCUCAAACUCCUGACCUCAGGUCAUCUGCCCGCCUCGGCCUCCCAAAAUGCUGGGAUUACCGGCGUGACCCACCGUACCUGGCCCUAACUGUCCUUUUAUUUGUCUGUGUCCCCUAGUGCAUUUUAUUUGUCUGUGUCCAGCGCAGGGAUGCAUCGCCUCCCGUAGGCUUGGCACAAUUAGUGGCCCAGGGUAGGUGCCUAGUAAAGAUGGAUUUAUGCCACAGCACAUUGUAGUGCUAAAAAGAGAGGGUUUUCUCUUUAGAUGAUCGGGCCACGUUUUGGUGUGACCACUAGGGGGAGACGUGGCACCGGCGAAGCGCUCGCCAGACCCAUUUUUUCGCUCCUUGCGUCAUCGCACAGGGCGGGGCUCGUACCUGACGCCCGGCUUCUGGGCCUGCUCUCGCCCUACUAGGGAAAGGGGUGGGGCUCGGCUUUCGGGCGUGGGCGGAAAUUGCCGAGAAUCCUCGGAAGCUUUGCGAAAACACAGCGCGCCGUCGGCCGCGCUGCGAACCGGAAGUAAUCGAAGAAGCCCCGGAAGUUUCGAACUACCACCGGCGUGCGUUCGCAGGUAGAUCGCCGUGCCAGUUGCCAUGGAGCCGGCCGGGCCCUGUGGCUUCUGCCCGGCGGGGGAGGUCCAGCCAGCGCGUUACACCUGCCCUCGCUGUAAUGCGCCCUACUGCUCGCUGCGCUGCUACCGGACGCAUGGCACCUGCGCAGAAAACUUCUACCGUGACCAGGUGUUGGGAGAGCUCCGCGGCCGCAGCGCUCCUCCCAGCCGCCUAGCAAGCGCCCUACGCCGGCUGCGUCAGCAACGCGAGACCGAGGACGAGCCUGGGGAAGCAGGCCUCAGCUCCGGCCCGGCGCCCAGCGGCCUAUCGGGACUCUGGGAGCGGCUGGCGCCGGGCGAAAAAGCUGCCUUCGAGCGGCUGCUGAGCCGCGGUGAGGCCGGGCGGCUGCUGCCUCCAUGGCGGCCGUGGUGGUGGAACCGCGGAGCCGGACCGCGGCUUCUGGAGGAGCUGGAUAAUGCCCCGGGUAGUGACGCCGCGGAGCUGGAGCCCGCCUCUGCGAGGACCCCGCCGGAUUCUGUGAAAGAUGCCUCCGCCGCGGAGCCCGCGGCCGCCGAGCGGGUUCUUGGAGAUGUCCCGGGGGCCUGCACGCCCGUCGUACCCACCCGCAUCCCCGCGAUAGUCAGCCUGAGCCGCGGCCCAGUCUCGCCGCUCGUGCGCUUCCAGCUGCCCAAUGUGCUGUUCGCCUACGCGCAUACUCUCGCCCUGUAUCACGGCGGUGACGACGCGCUGCUCUCUGACUUCUGUGCCACACUGCUCGGCGUUUCCGGAGCCCUGGGUGCCCAGCAAGUCUUCGCCUCUGCGGAAGAAGCCCUGCAGGCGGCAGCCCACGUGCUGGAAGCAGGCGAGCACCCGCCGGGGCCCCUGGGCACACGAGGGGCUAUGCACGAGGUCGCCCGCAUCCUGCUGGGCGAGGGCCCGACCAACCAGAAAGGCUACACGCUGGCAGCACUGGGGGACCUGGCACAGACCCUGGGCCGUGCCCGGAAACAGGCCGUGGCUAGAGAAGAGCGAGAUCAUCUUUACCGGGCCCGGAAAAAGUGCCAGUUCCUCCUGGCCUGGACCAACGAAAAUGAGGCGGCCCUCACACCCCUGGCUCUAGACUGCGCCAGGGCUCACCAAGCCCAUGCUGUGGCAGCCGAGGAGGUGGCCGCCCUCACUGGGGAGCUGGAGCGGCUUUGGGGAGGCCCCGUGCCACCUGCCCCAAGAACUCUCAUUGAGGAGCUCCCUAGCUGAACGGGUUACCCUGGUCAUUAAUAAAGCUGUGACUGGUCA